UUCAUGUUCUCGGCUUUUUGUUAAUAAACAAGUUCUACGUGUGUUUUCGUGCUGGGAAGUGCUGCAGUUUAUGCAGGAGCAUCUACAUAACACGUGCAAGAUGGAAUGGAUCAAGAAUAAAGAUUUCCCACAAGAAAUGGCAGAAAAUGCCCAGAAUCUCGAUUCCGCUUUGUCGGAAAUGGAGACUGUUGUCAACCAAUUGAUUUCCAUGCCAUUAAACGAAGCCCAUUCGUGUAUGAAACCCUUGGAACGAUCCAAGUAUGACACAGCUUCUGUGUACGCUGUAACUUCUCUUUUCUGGGCAUAUAUGAAAACACAAGGUGUUGAUCCUAAAACAAAUGGCUUGCCAAAGGAACUAGAAAGAGUAAAGAAUGUUAUUGGUCGGGCCAAACAGAUAGCUGACAAAGCCUUAGCACCAAAACUUGAUGUUAGUGCAGCAAAAAGAUUCAUUCGUGGAGGUCUGUGGGAAUCUAAGGAUGGGGAAAAAAAAGAUGAUGGCAACAUGGGUAACCAAGUACAAGAUGGAGAUGUUCCUAAGCCACCCCUUAAUAAAAGAAUAAGAUUUGAUGAUGAUCUUAGUUCUACACAAUUGACUAAUGAGGAAAGGUAGUGUCACCGGAAUACAUUCAAUAUUAAUUGUAUUCGCACAUUCCCGGACUUCGUACUUUUAAAGAAACCACCUUUUUGUAAUUUUAUAAAAUCUUGAAUAAGGUAACGCGUUUGGUACAUUAAAUGGUCGUAAAUGAAAUGUA